AUGGUGGCAGAUUAUACGGGCAACAGUCACCUUGGCUUCCCACUCCGAGACGCUGACCUCACCCCGUCAAGAUUCUGCUCCAUUUCCACGUACCUAACCUCCUCGGACGCCGUUGCAGCCUGGAUAGCACCCACAGUGCUGCCUGAGCAGGUGCCACUUCCCCUUAACGUGCCACGCCGUCAGCCACUGCCGUUUCGUGGUCCUGUGGUGACACUCAGUGUCGGUAAAGACGUCUGCAUCUCCGCUGCAGCUGCUGUUGAUGUGGCAUGCUGUGAGGUAGAAAAGACGCCUGCAAAUCUCAUGCUUCCAUUCUUCUGGCAACUCUACGUCUAUCCCAGUCCUACAUCCACAUUUUUUCUUAAAUUCUUCAGUGGCAGUUCCAUCAAAGGCACAUUCAUACAGUCCGGCAGUGGUGAUGCGCCAAGUUUUGUCUCCACCGUUAGUCUGCCCAGUGCUGAUCUUGCCAUCCAUCUUAGUGAUUGCUCCUUGAAUGUUGAGUGCAGGCUGAAGAAGGGUGAUGAGGACUUGAAGUACAAAUAUCGACAGUUUCCGGAUUAG